UGGUUUUUUUUAACGCCGUCAAAGUACAACACAUCAUCUUCGGUGUAUUUCUAAAGUCGAAUUGUUUACAAGUUACGCCAAGUUUUUGUGCAAAAGCCGGAGCAGUAGCAAUAUUUUUAAGUAAAGUUUUAAAAUAUUGUAUGACAAUUGAAUAACACAGCACAAUGUCAGAUGAAAAUGAGUAUGGAGUUUGCCCCUUUAACAGUGGUCAUCGCAUUGUUAUGUUCCGAAUGCCAGCACAUGUCUUGAAAUGCCGUAAAAAUUAUCGUGGUCCACCAUUGGAAGUUUGUGAAUAUAAUGCCACACACUUUGUGCCGAUGGGAACAAUGAGUGAACACUUGCAGGAAUGUCGGGCGUAUCAUCGUUUCAAUCAGGCGACCUAUAAUAAAAUGGCUGAAAAAUCGAUACGACAGGAUGCCUAAGAAUGAAAAUGACUAGCGGAUAAAACGAUAAGUUGUGACGAUCUUCAAACAAAUUUAUUUUUAUAAUAAAAACUAUAAUGAAAUAAUUUUUAUUUUAACCCCUUUUUAUAUUUUUGACCUCAUAUACUUGAUAUUUUUUUGAAUUUUUAUUUUAUGCUGUAAUAUGUCAUA